AUGAAAACAACAAAACUAUUGGGCCACCAUUCAUAUACGAAAGCCCAAAAAUCCUUAUUCUAUUUGUCACGGCCCCAGAAAUCCCGUCGAUUCAGCUUCUUUAACCCAGACCGGACGAGUCGAUUGCUGGAUCGCCGUCUUGCUGGACUUGGCCACCUCAUUAAAGACGAAUAUGCUAAUAUCCGAGAUUCAUACUGUUUUGACGAACUUCGAAUCGCAAAACGAGCUUUGCCGGCCAUACAUUACUGGAGAGGGAUCAAAGAUGCCUACUCUAUUAAUGGUGUGGAGGUCAUCACUGCUCCUGUGUCUCCGUCUGCUUCCAUUGAACAGCGGGCAGAAGAGCUGUUGCAAGGAAUUGAAAACAGGGCGGAAGGCAGAAAGGUUAAUAUUAUUGCGUGA